CAUGGCGGCCACUGCAACGACGGGGACAGGAACGGCCUCGCCUUGUGGGGCUUGCAAGUUCUUGAGAAGGAAGUGUGCGAGUGGAUGCAUUUUCGCUCCACAUUUCGGGUCGGACCAAGGAGCGGCUAGGUUCGCGGCGGUCCAUAAGGUGUUUGGAGCCAGCAACGUGUCUAAACUGUUGCAUCAUAUUCCGGUGAACCGUCGUCACGACGCAGUGGUUACGAUUUCAUAUGAGGCUCAGGCUAGGCUCUCUGAUCCUGUGUAUGGCUGCGUCUCAACUAUCCUUGCCCUCCAACAACAGGUGGCCUCGCUACAAGCUGAGUUAUCGCUGGUGCAAUCACAACUAAUCAAUAGUAGAGUCGCAAUGGCCAACGUUAUGCAACAACAACAACAACAAAGCCACCACCAACAACAACAAUUAGUCGUUAUGCAACAAACCGAAUACUCCAACAACUCAUCCGCCUCCACCACUCUUGCCGGAUCAACCAUGAACAGCUUCACCGCGACAGCAGCAGCGGCCGUUAGCUAUGACGUCAUGGUUCCCGCUAACUUAAAACAUUCGUUGCAGCCUAUGCCACGGCAUCAGCAAGUUACAAUAAAUCAUCAUGAGGAUGAUGAGCAAGAGAACGGUACUGAUUUUUCGGUGGCUGUUGGUUCGACGACGGUGGCUGCGGAGGGUUUUCACCGGAUAUGAAUAUAUAACUAGGCCUUGUCUUUAAUUUAUAAUUUUAUAUAUCUCCUUUUCAAUAAUAUUGGAAAAAGGAGAAUAAUAUAUAUAGUAAUCAACAGUAUACGGUAU